CAGUCUGAGGAAGAAGUUCCCUUCAACCUCGAUAACCUCCGCAAACACUUGGCUCAGGUUACCCUUGCACGACGCGUCCUCCCAGAAGACCUCGCUUCCCGACAGAAACUGCUAGAAGAAUCAGUUUACGACGUUGCAGUAGAGCGCCUCCGUCACGAAGCCAAACUUUUUGACGAGCUAGGUUUAGGCAACCGCGAACUU